GGGACCUGUCAGAACUUGUAGUCCAGACCGUGUGGAGCGAAGAUGGUGGUGGAAGUGAAAGGUCGGGUGGAGGCGAUGGAGGGGAACCAGCAGAGAGUGGAAGCAAACAUCCUGCUGCUGGGAGCUCACAGCGUCGGAAAGUCUGCUCUCACCGUCAGAUUUCUGACCCGGAGAUUUAUCGGAGAGUAUGGAGAAAUUGAGUCUGUGUACAGUCGAGUCGAGCGGAUCGACGGUCAGGAGGUCUGCUUUAACAUCUUGGACUCUCUGUACACACAGGACGGUGAGAUGAGUCCGUCCGUCAGUGACAAACAGCUGCAGUGGGCCGACGGGAUCAUCCUGGUCUACAGUAUCUGCGACCGUCGCAGCUUCGACGUGGUCCGUCUGCAGCUGCAGCAGAUCCGUCGCAGCAGGAAGCUAUCGUCCGCCCCUGUCGUCAUUGUGGGGAACAAACGAGACCUUAGCAAUCAUCGCAGUGUCUCCGGUGAGGAGGGACGGCUGCUCGCUCUGUCUCAACACUGCGCCUUCUUCGAGGUGUCAGCCGCAGAGACGUACCACGGCGUCCUGCUGGUGUUCCACCAGCUGGUCGACCUUGUCAGAGAGAACCGAGCGCUGAGGAAGAGCUUGGCCGGUGUCCGAGGGAUUGUCCGGAGUGUGUCCGCCGUGUUUGCAAAGAAACGAGCCGAGUAGACGAGAAUGGAAGAACCCACGGUGACAUCACAGUGAACACUUCCUGUCUUCAUGAGGGAAGGUCAGAGGUCAGAGAGGUGAUGGACAGAGGCAGGUUGGAAGAACGUGUUGACGUGAAGUUGGUCAAAGAAGGUCGUAGAAAUGUUUUGUUUCAGAGCGACGUGAGACGGCCCGAGCUGACUCGACAGAAAAACAUGCAUGGAGACUUUUAGCCAAGCUGGCACCAUGGCAACUGCCGAAACAUCUAAACAGUGAUGACAGUGGACUGAUUGUGAUGACAUGUGAUUCAUCAUUCGUGUUCAUGUAAUGAUCCUUACCUUUCAUCCAGCGCCAUCAUCAGGUCAUCAUAUUAGUGUUUAAUGACCUUCACAUUAGCCUCACCUGUACUUUAGGUUUACUGCUACAGAGCUAAUGUUAGCUAAGCACUAACACGCUAAACAUACAUGGUGAACAGGGUUAACAUUGUAGCUGCUGCACUUUAGCAUGUUAGCAUUGUUACU